GAUUUGGCUGUGGCUCCCAUGACUAUAACGCAUGCACGGGAAAGUGUUAUAGAUUUUACGAAACCAUUUAUGAAUCUAGGCAUAAGUAUUCUUUUUAAGGUUCCAACAACACCACCAACGAAAUUAUUUUCGUUUAUGAAUCCCUUGGCAUUUGACAUAUGGCUUUAUGUAUUGGCGGCAUAUUUUUUAGUUUCUUGUACCAUCUAUGUAGUAGCGAAAUUUUCACCGAUUGAGCAUAACAGGAAUAGGACCAACAUAUGCAUUAAUAGUAAAAAUGCUGAUUUCAACUUAGCAAAUAGUUUUUGGUUCACUAUUGGUACCUUAAUGCAGCAAGGUUCUGACUUGUCUCCACGAGCCAUUUCGACACGUAUAAUAAGUGCUAUUUGGUGGUUCUUCACACUUAUAAUUAUUGCUUCGUAUACGGCGAAUUUGGCAGCAUUUUUAACAGUUGAACGUAUGACUACUCCCAUUGAAAAUGCUGAAGACUUGGCUAGUCAAACAGAAAUUUCGUACGGUACUUUGGAUAGUGGCUCGACAAUGACCUUUUUUCGAGAUUCCCUCAUUGAAACGUACCGUAAAAUGUGGCGUAAUAUGGAUAAUAAAAAGAAGCCUAGUGCCCUAACUAGCACCUAUGAUGAAGGUAUCAAAAGAGUGAAAGAGAGCAACUACGCCUUUCUAAUGGAAUCGACAAUGCUGGAUUUCAUUGUACAACGGGAUUGCAAUUUAACACAAAUUGGUGGUCUACUAGACACUAAAGGUAAAGAAUUGACAAAAAUAAAUAAGAGGGUAUAGUUACAUUCAAACCCAUUUAUAGCGAAGUUCGUAAUAUUACGGGUGAUGUUUUUGA